AUACAUCAUCAUCUGUAAAACCGUUUGGCAUCUGUGACUUUUACUCCUUCAUACUCUUUUUUCUCCUUCCCACUAUCUAAAUCCCCGUAUAAUUGAUCGUGGGUUUCUUAUUUAUCAACAUUUGACGACAAAAGAUAGAGAGGUUGACGAGCGAGCUAUAUUCUUGCCGAGAAAAGAUAUCAUGAAGCUCUUUGCGCAGCUUCUGACCUUGGGCCUCGUGGGCCAAGGUGUAGUUGCUAGUAAUUGGUUCAGCAAGUCUAUCUACAACAAGUGGCACGAGACCGAGCUUGAGAGAUGGCUCUCAGACCAUGACAUUCCACACCCCUCUCCAGCUGAUCGCGCCGAUCUCGAGAAGCUGGUACAGGACAGCUGGCAUUCGAAGAUUGUUUCGCCAUAUAGCGACUGGGAUACCACCCAGCUGAAGGCGUACCUGAACGAGAGGAGCCAGGAAGCUGCUAACGCGGCGGGGGCCAACAAAGACUCUUUAGUUGAGAGCGUCAAGAAUUAUUGGUAUGAGACCGAGGACAAGGCCGAAGAUGCCUUUUCAAGCGUCAAGGACUGGAUCUUUGAUAGCUGGACCGAUUCUCAACUGAAGGCCUUUGCCGACAAGCACGGCAUCCCGGUUCCCCAGCCACGCAAGCGUGAUGAUCUUCUCCAGAAGAUCCGUUACGGUUAUGGAUCCGUCGCAAAUAAGGCUGGCGACAGCAUCUCUUACCCCGGUAACUGGCUAUACGAGACCUGGUCUGAGUCGGAUCUUAAGGAAUGGCUUGAUACCCAUGACAUCCCAGCACCACAGCCAGCCACGCGCGACAAGCUCAUUGCAUCUGUCCGCCGCAACUCUCUCCUUGCUACCCUGAAGGCACAGUCCUCCAUGACCAAGGCUCAGAGGGAAGCUCAGAAGGCCGCCGAUUCUAUCAGCGACUCGAUCAUCGCCAACUGGGAUGAUAGCAAGAUCAAGGAAUGGGCAGACAAGAAUGGUGUUAAGGUCCCACAAGGUUCCAAGCACGCCCAGCUCCUGGCCAUUCUCCGCAAGCACCGCGCCAGACUGCUCGACGACACGCUUUCUGCGACCGCUGCUUCGGGCUACGGCGCUGCCACUUCCAAGGCCGGCAACCAGUGGGCGAAAGCUACUGAGGACACACAGCUGAAGGCCCAGGAGGCAUUCGAUGCCGCCAUUGGUGGAUGGAGUGAGAGCCGCCUCAAGGCAUACCUGGACGCCCGUGGUGUCCCAGCUCCUCAGAACGGCAAGAAGGACGAGCUCGUUGCGGCUGUUCGCAAGCACUCUCACAAGGCUGCCUCUGGAUACAACGCCUGGACUUACGACACUUGGACCUUUGAUAACCUCAAGAAGUGGUUGUCCUCCACUGGCGACAAGCAGGCGAAGAAGGCAGCCAACAAGGCCGGUGCCACCCGUGACGACCUCCUAGCCGCCGCUCAAGCUUACUACUCGUCCGCCUCUGCUGCCUCUGGCGCAUCAUUCGCAACCGUAACCUCUUACCUCGCCGCCGCCACCGAUGCCGCCAAGUCCAACACCUUCGAUACCUGGUCCGACUCCGAGCUCAAGGCUUACCUCGACACCUAUGGCGUCCCAGUCCCACAAGGUAGCAACACCAACGAGAUCCGCGCAUGGGCACGCAACCAGGCCAACUGGUUCCGCUACGGCACUACCACCCCACAAGGCACGCUCUUGGCAAAGGCGAAGGAGUACUUUGACUGGGCAUAUAACCAGAUUGUGGUUGGAGUUCAGAAUGGAAUCCAGUCUGCGCAGUAUGAGGGCACCAAGGGGAAGAAUAGGGCCCAGGAGGCCGGAACGUACGCGAAGGAUCGCGCAUAUGAGGAGAAGGAGAAGGCGAAGCACAGAGUCCAGGAGGAGCUGUGAGCGGGGGAGUGAUAUGUUGAUAACCGCUGGUUUUUUAUCUCUGUCAAGGGGAAGAAGAGUGGAGGAAAUAAAUAUUAUAGGAAGUUUUAGCAAGAUGAGUGUGGUAACACUAGGAUUAUGAUACGGAAAAUUGAAUGGCGUUUCCUUUAUUACCGAUGUUUCUUUCGGACGAAAUGAUGUG